AGAGGAGAAGGAACCGAGGGAUCAUCCAGGGUCGGACCACAGCACACACUGUGAAGACCUCACCUUGAUCUGAUGUGUGAAGCUGUUCAACUUUGCUUCUUAAAGGGCUUUUUAAUCAUCCUGCCUGGGUGGCGUUUUGGACAUCCACUCUUUGAGAUGAAAACAAGGAUGGAGGGCGAUCCGGACCUCCAGUUCCUCCUUCAGGGUGGAGAUCUCCUCAAGGUCCGCUCCUCGUCAUGGAGGAAGACCCGCUACUACAGACUCCAGGAGGACUGCAAGACCAUGUGGCAUGAAUCCAAAAAAACAUUCAACGCAAAACAGACCUUCUCGCUGUAUGACAUCUCAGCAGUGAGGAUGGGCCGACAGUCGGAGGGUUUAAGGAAGAACACAGAAGAAAUGGUGGAGGGUCGUUGCUUCUCCAUUAUGUUCAAGAACCGCCGCAAGAACCUGGAUCUCAUGGCCAGCUCCGAGGAGGAGGCCAAGCAGUGGGUCAGCAGCCUGGAGAAGUUGAUUUUGAACUUAAACAACCUCAGCUCCCAGGAGAAGUCAGAACAUUGGAUCUACAGCUGCCUGAGGAAAGCAGACAAGGACAAAGACGACAAACUGAGUCAGUCAGAGAUGAAGAACUUCCUCCGUCUGGUCAACAUUGAAGUAGACGACGACUACGCAGAAAUUCUCUUCCAGCAAUGUGACAAAUCCAAAUCUGGAUACCUGUCUGGAGCGGAGAUCCAACACUUCUAUGACCUGUUGACCCAUCGGGAGGAAAUUGACGUUAUCUACGAACAGUACGCUAAAACUACAGGCUUCAUGAGUCCUGAAAACUUAGUUGAGUUUCUGAUGAAAGAGCAGAGAAGCAAAGCCUCACUGGCCCUUGCACACACGAUUAUCGAGAAGCAUGAGCCGGAUGAACAUGUCAAGGCGAAGAAGAUGCUGUCUAAAGAUGGCUUCCUCAUGUACAUGCAUCACCCAGAGGCCAUGAUCCUGAACUCAGAUCACAGUGAGUUGUACCAGGACAUGAACCAGCCCCUGAAUCACUACUUCAUCUCCUCCUCACACAACACCUACCUCAUGGAGGAUCAGCUCAAAGGGCCCAGCAGCACAGAGGCUUAUGUCAGGGCUCUUCUGAAGGGCUGUCGCUGCGUGGAGCUGGACUGCUGGGAUGGAUCUGACGAUGAGCCAGUGAUCUACCACGGCUACACACUCACCUCUAAGAUCCUCUUCAAAGACACAAUCAAAACCAUCAAGGACUAUGCAUUCAAGACGUCAGAUUACCCUGUGAUCCUCUCGUUGGAGAACCACUGCAGCCUGGAGCAGCAGAAAGUCAUGGCCCACCACAUGAGCUCCAUCCUGGGCAGUGCACUUGUUACCACUCCGCUGGGGCACGGCAUGCCCACAGAUUUCCCUUCUCCUGAGGAAUUAAAGGGAAAGUUCCUAAUCAAAGGGAAGAGGUUAAACAAACUGGAGGCCAUCUUUGCCUCUGAAACAGCAGCAGAUGAUGAAGACGACGAUGUGACGGAAGAAGAAGAAUCAGAUGAUGAGGAUGAGCAGAAGGAAGAAGAGCCAAGCAAGAAGAAAAAGAAGCUGAAAUUAGCAAAAGAGCUGUCUGACAUGGUGAUCUACUGUAAGAGCGUCCACUUCAACGGCUUCGAGGACGCCGUUCAAAACCUGAGCUUUUACGAGAUGUCGUCCUUCAAGGAGGGAAUUGCCAUGAAGCUGGCAGAGGAGUCGGCAAAUGCCUACAUCCUUCAUAAUGAGAACAAGCUGAGCCGGAUCUACCCAGCAGGCUCCAGGACCAACUCAUCCAACUACAACCCUGUGCCCCUGUGGAACGCCGGCUGUCAAAUUGUGGCUCUGAACUUCCAGACGACGUGCCCGGACAUGGAUUUGAACCAGGGCAGAUUCCUGGUGAACGGUAAAAGUGGCUACAUCCUGAAACCAGCCUACAUGAGGGACGAAGCCACAGGGUUUGACCCCAACACUUUGACCCGAGGAGCCUGGCUCAAGCACAAGACGCUCCAUGUCAUGGUUAUAUCAGCGCAGCAGCUCCCCAAACUGAAAAAGAAGAAAUCCUCAAUUGUGGACCCGCUGGUUAAAGUGGAGGUUCACGGAGUGCCGGAAGAUGUUGCUGUGAAAGAAACCAACCCUGUUGAAAACAAUGGGUUUAACCCUUCGUGGAAUGAAAGCUUCGAGUUUGAGGUGUACAUGCCAGAUCUAGCUCUGGUGCGCUUUGUUGUGGAAGACCACGACACAACGUCUGGUAACGAGUUUGUCGGACAGUACACACUUCCCUUCAACAGCCUGAAAAUGGGAUACAGACACGUGCCUCUGCUCAGUAAGAACGGAGACCGUCUCCCCUCAGCCGGACUCUUUAUACAUGUCAUGGUCGUAGAUGUUAAGUGAGACGUCGCCGACUGAAAAGUGCCUCUGCAGGAAACUAGGACCCCCAUUACACAGCCGUGUCUCAGCUGCUUUGAAUUCGAUUUUAUACUUUUUUAGAUCUUGAUUGACUUAUUGGCUUCGUUUUAGAAAAAAGUUAGAUAAAGACCACAAUCUUAACAGUAAGAAAGUACAGAUCUCUCUCUGAAACAAUGAGUUGUUUGAGGAGCUGUUAGACUCUAUAUCACUCCAGAUCAAAAGCCUUAUAUAGGUUUAAUACAAUGCAAUAGUUCAGGGGUGUCCAAACUACGGCCCGUGGGCCAUCUGCGGCCCGCCAUCCAUUUUCAAUUGGCCCGCCUCAAAAUUAAAAAAAAAAAAAAAUUUAAUUUUUUUUUUUGUUCUAUUUUUGAAGAAAUUGUACUUUCUUGAUACUUGUUGUUCUGGGUUUGUACCCUCGGGUACCCUUGAAUUCACUUAUAAGUAGCUUUGGAUAAAAGCGUCAGCUAAAUGGAAUGGAAUGGACUAUGGCCCACUGUAUUGUACUUCUCAGUUAACGCCUUUAUGCCCCCCCCGCUCCAGGGCAGGGGGGCGUGGCAGCGUGAGUGGCCCAGACCUUCGUAUUUUUUUCUGUAUGUGGCCCUUGGGAUAAAAAGUUUGGACACCCCUGCAAUAGAUGUUCAGAUUGCAAUAGCAUUGAUUUAGUUUUUACUAUGAAAGCUUGUGUCCCUCAUUUCUGGUCAGUUUGUUUUGUAUAUUUAAAUCUUUUUAUUCAAAUGGACCGCUUUAUGAAUCCUGGAAAAACAUAAGCAAACUUUAAAACAAUCUACUUUGUCUUCAUCAGUUUAUUUUAGUCAUCAAUUACAUGUAUGAAUAUUGUUCAUGUAAC